AUGUCAAGAUUUUACAACUAUUCCACCUCGGUGGGGAUCCUCGGUAUAGGCCCCGAACCUUAUGCCGGAUACUCUGGCCCUCCCUUUCGACCAUCGCUCAUAUCUCAGUUCCAGAUCCGAAGCAAAAUCGCUUCGAAAUCUUUUGCCAUGCACAUGGGGAGCGUACUGCUGGAGAUAUCUGGGUCCAUGACUUAUGGCGGCUACGACCGCUCACUUGUCGUCGGCGAUUUACGAGGCUUAGACUUUACCCCGGUCUUUAUGAUCGACGUCGCGAUCGGCUUUGAGACGGGAGCCUCCCCGUUCAAGAGCAUAUCGCAACCCGAGUCUGUGUACCGAGGUCUAGACCGGAACACCGCCGGCGCUGAGGGGCCUUGGUCGGCCGCUGGGUUCACAAAGUUGAUGGGAGGAAGGGAUGGCAGUGCUGUGAUGGCCAUCUCCCCGGAAGCUCCCUACUUGUACAUGCCCCUAGGGACUUGUGAAGCGGCGGCCGAACACCUACCUGUCGUCUUUGACGACCACCUCAAGCUCUACCUGUGGAAGACCAAGGAUCCAUACUAUGAAAGGAUCGUGAACUCUUCCGCUUGGAUGCGCUUUUCCCUCGAGAGUCGAACUGGCAAGAUCAUCGACAUCAAAGUCCCAUUCAUGCUCCUGAAUCUGCAACUGGAGCCUCCGCUCGUCGAAAGCACGACGCCCUAUUUCCCAUGCAGACCGUUUCCCUCUAUCAAUGCAUUUCACUUUGGUCGGGCUUUUUUGCAAGCUGCUUACAUCAUCGUCAACUAUGACAACAACGUCACGAUAAUAGCGCAAGCGCCCGGUCCCGAUUCUGGCAGCAGGCAGCUGGUCAGCCUUCGACAAGAUCAGACCAACCUCGAGAAAAAUAUCUAUUUCGACUUUGCUGGCAGCUGGAAGGCCCAUUGGAAUCAGUUGUCCAGCGAGUUGACGUCCGCAGAUCGGACUAAGGUACACAUAGGCAUAUCAGCAGCGAUUACCUUGUUGUGUCUGGGUGCGAUCGGCUUUCACAUUUGGCAGCGGGAACAAGUACGUCGGGGAGUCAAGACGGAGCUUUUCCAGUUCAACCUGGGCCCCAUGGAAUCCGACAGCCUUCUCGGGUCCGAAGAUGACAGGGCAGAGCUGGAAGAUUCGGACGCCAGGACUUUUGAGCUCCAAGGCUCAUCUGCUUACGUAUCUUCCACGCCGCAAAGCGCUCUGAAGGGACGGGAUGAUACAGGUUCUGUAGAAUCGUCUGCAGUGGGUCAAGAUGAGGAUUUCGAACCGUCGGCGGAGAACGGUAAAGGAUCGAGUACACCAGGGCCUGUGGAGAUAGACUCGUAUUAUAUAUACGACGAGCCAAAGUCUUUGCUCGUGGUCAAGCACCUGGUCAAGAGGUAA